GAUGGAGCCACAGAAUGUAACCAAUCCUGUAAUGGAAUUUGUCCUCCUGAGUUUCAACCACAGUCUUAAGAUUCAGCAAUUCCUCUUCACAGUCUUCUUCACUGUCUACCUGAUGACCUGGUUGGGAAACAUCACUAUCCUCAUCACUGUUAUCACUGACUUCCACUUGAACACACCCAUGUACUUCUUCCUGACUAACUUAGCAUUCACAGAUAUAACCAAAUCAUCAGUAAACUGGCCAUACAUACAUACUCCCAUUCUAUUGUCAGGUCUUGUCUCCCAGCACAAAACUGUUCCAUUCAAGGAGUGCAUCCUUCACAUGUUUUUCUUACACUUUGUUGGUGGUGCUCAAGUCUUCCUUCUCGCAGUGAUGGCAGCUGACCGGUACGUGGCCAUACACAAGCCCUUGCAGUACUUGACAAUAAUGAACUGUGAGGUGUGUUUAGGUCUAGUGGCAGGGUCAUGGGCAGGUGGAUUCAUUCACUCUGCAACACAGAUUGCUCUGCUUCUUCCCUUACCUUACUGUGGUCUUAACACUUUGGACAAUUUCCACUGUGAUGUCCCACAAGUGCUGAAAGUGGUCUGCAUUGACACCUACCUGACAGAGCUGCUGAUGAUCUCAAAUGGUGGACUGAUCCUCACAGUAAUUUUUGUCUUUCUGCUCCUUUCAUACACUGCCAUUUUAGUAAAGAUAAGGAGGCAAGUCGCAGAAGGAAAGCACAAAGCUUUGUCUACUUGUGUUGCCCAGAUAAUGGCAAUAAGCAUAACAUUCAUUCCAGGAAUAUUCAUCUAUGCUCGGCCCUUCAAGACAUUUGAACUGAACAAAGUGGCCUCCAUCUUCUUCACUGUGCUUGUUCCAGUGCUGAAUCCCUGGUCUACACCCUGAGAAAUAGUGAAAUGAAAAAGGCCAUCAGGAGACUUGUUUCUAGGGUUCUGUAAGGGAAUAGCUUUACUCCCUGCUGAAUGGUUGCCCUUAUUCUUUGUAACUAUUGCAACUUACCAUGACUGAAAUACCCGAAAUUCCAGCAAAGACAUUUGCAUAAGAGAAACCCUUUCAGAGAACUAAGUCAGAGGAAACUCAACUAAGCUUCCUUUACUUUAAGUGCAGUUCCCACCAAUACAGUCUGUGGAGUCAAGGGCAGGUUCCUCUAACACUAAAUAAGGUGAGUGGGAUAUUCUGCUGAAAGAUGGUUUUUCACUGUUUUUUGGGAGGUUUGG